AUGUGUGAUGAAGUGUUUUAUAAUUUGGAAAUGUUCAAAAUUCACAUGAAGUUUCACACGGGGGAAAAGCCUUCCAAAUGCACCACUUCUGGGAGAGAUUUUACCAGGAGGUAUAACAUGGAGAAGCAUACAAGGACUCAUACAGGGAAGAAGCCAUUCAGAUGCACCACAUGUGGGAAAAUGUUUACCAAAAAGUCAAAUUUACAAAGGCACGUAAGGACUCAUACAGGGGAGAAGCCAUUCAGAUGCACCACAUGUGGGAAAAUGUUUACCCAGAAGUCACUUUUGCAAAGUCACGUAAGGACUCAUACAGGGGAGAAGCCAUUCAGGUGCACCACAUGUGGGAAAAUGUUUACCCACAAGUCAAAUUUACAAAGGCACGUAAGGACUCAUACAGGGGAGAAGCCAUUCAGGUGCACCAAAUGUGGGAAAAUGUUUACCCUGAAGUCACAUUUACUAAGGCACAUAAGGACUCAUACAGGGGAGAAGCCGUUCAGAUGCAGCACGUGUGGAAAAGUUUUUAACGACCAGUCAUAUUUAGUAAGGCAUGUAAGGACUCAUAAAGGGGAGAGGCAUUCAGGAGCUGCGAUUGUGGAAAUGUGUUCUGCUCAAAAUGACAUCUCAACAUGUCAUGAUCCACACAGUAUUAAGGAGGUGGAACCAUGGUGA